UCUGCGCAAAGCAUAAAGUUUAUGUGUAGAAUCCGAAAUUCAUAUACAGAGUGGUUUCAGAACCGUUCAUGGGACGGUUAUUGGCUUGUUGGAACAGACCUUAUAAAAGCGGAGAAUUUCAGCGAAAUGCGGAGAAUUUCAUUGGUCAAGGUGGAGAAUUUAGGAGCAGCAGCAGCGGGCAGUGGGCUAGCAGGCAGCGGCAGCAAUACAAUCACAAUCCAAUACAUCAUUGUAGCAUUAUACCACAACCGUUUUAUACUAUACAAUAAUUAUUUAGUUGGUGAAUAAUUUUUGCAAUGGAACAUCCAAAUAAUUUAAAUAAAAUAAAGGAAAAAAUUGGCUUUAUCGGAGGAGGCAAUAUGGCAAAAGCUAUUUGCGAAGGAAUCAUAAAAAAAGGACUGGUCAAUUUCCAACAAAUUUAUGUCUCUGGACCGCAUAUUGAAAACCUCACCUGGUGGAGCGAAAAUAAGGCUCAUGUUUCCACAGAAAAUGGUCACGUCGUUCAAGAAGCUGAUAUUAUAUUUUUAGCUAUGAAACCACAUGUCCUACCUUCAGCAAUAGCAAACGUAUAUGAAACAGUACCGUUGCCUGUUAAAUCGAAAUUGUUUGUUUCUGUUUUGGCCGGUAUAAAGUUGGAACAAUUAAAUAAUGUUCUGAGUCCUUUGGAAGAAUGUCCAAGAAUAAUAAGAACCAUGCCGAAUACUCCAAUGAUGGUAGGAGAAGGGUGUACAGUGUUUAGUCCAGGGAGUAAGGCAACACCGCAUGACAUACAAUUAGUCAAGACAAUUUUAGAAGUAUCCGGCGUUUGUAAACAAGUUCCUGAAUCAAUGAUCGAUGCUAUAGGAGCUUUAUCUGGCAGUGGUCCUGCUUUCAUAUAUUUAAUAAUAGAAGCACUAGCAGACGCAGGUGUAAAACAAGGUAUUCCAAGAGCAAUGGCAAUAGAACUGGCUGCUCAAACUACCUUAGGCGGUGCCAAAAUGGUUUUAGAAACGGGAAAACAUACAGCUGUCUUAAAAGAUGAGGUUUGUUCACCAGGAGGCACCACUAUUGCUGGAGUUCAUGCGUUGGAAUCAGGUGGUGUCAGGGCGGCCCUUUUCAAUGCAGUAGAGGCUGCAGCCAAGAAAUCGGCUGAGCUUGGCCAGAAAAAACACUAGGCAAUAAGUAGCAACUUCGAUUUCAGUUGCAAUAUAAGAUGCAAUUCAUGUAGUAGGUAUAAAUUAAGAUUAAGUAUUAUGAAAAAUAAAUCUGAACUAAAUUGGUUAUUACUGAAGUGAGUAGUAAGAUAGGGAAAUUUAAUUUUCUAGUCAAUUUUUUGCCCCCCUUUAUAAAUGUUGUAAAAACAAAACUCUCAUAUGUAUAUACCUAGCAAUAAGAGGCAAACUUAACAAUAACAACUGUUUUUAGUUAUACAUUAUAUUUCUUUUGUUAGUCA